GAAGACUGGUCAUCGUUCGUAGUCAGUAUAUUCUCCAGCGCAGUGUUCUCUUACCCAGAGCCCCUCCGUGUUAUUCCUGCCUUCGUUGUUUCCCCUCAAAAAACCUAUAAGGCAUGGAAGUAUUUUGAACCGAGAGUCACCAGCUGAUAAGAAGCAGAGAGUUGAGCGCAGUGCAUCACAUGAUUUUGACCCCACAGAUAGCUCCUCCAAGAAGACAAAGUCUAGUUCAGAGGAGAGUAGAUCCGAGAUCUAUGGUCUUGUUCAGCGCUGUGUGAUCAUCCAGAAGGGUGACAAUGGAUUUGGGCUGACGGUCAGUGGAGACAACCCAGUCUUCGUACAGUCUGUCAAAGAAGAUGGAGCAGCCAUGCGGGCUGGAGUACAGACAGGUGAUCGAAUCAUCAAGGUGAAUGGGACUCUGGUGACCCAUUCAAACCAUUUGGAGGUGGUCAAGUUAAUCAAAUCUGGUUCCUAUGUAGCUCUCACUGUUCAGGGACGCCCCCCGGGGAUGCCCCAGAUCCCACUUGCUGAUUCUGAAGGAGAGCCGCCAGUCACUGGACACAUGUCUCCUAUCAUGACAUCUCCUCACUCACCGGGAGCAUCUGGGAAUAUGGAGAGAAUUACUAGUCCUGUGCUCAUGGGGGAGGAAAACAAUGUGGUUCAUAACCAGAAAGUAGAAAUUCUGAGAAAAAUGUUACAGAAAGAACAGGAACGGCUGCAGUUGUUGCAGGAAGAUUACAAUCGAGCACCUACCCCAAAGUUGCUAAAAGAGAUCCAAGAGGCCAAGAAACUCCUCCCUCAGCUGCAGGAGCAGCUCUCCAAAGCCGCAGGCCCCGCGCAGGACGGAGCUGUACUUACAUCCUCGAAGCCUUGCAGUGACACACACGCAGUCAUUGAGGUGGAAGCAGACCCUGGUGACGGACUAGGCAGAGUUGACUGUAGCAGCGGAGAUGCAUCGUGGCCCAGCAGUGACAAUGCAGAGAGUCCUAAGAGCGGCCUGAAAGAGAGGGUUUAUCUAGAGGAAAACAUGGAGAAAAAUGAAGUAAUUCAGGACACUGACACUCAGUCACUUAUUGGGAGCCCCGCAACCCGCACAGCACCUCACAUUAUUGGAGCAGAGGAUGAUGAUUUUGGUACUGAACAUGAACAGAUCAAUGGGCAGUGCAGCUGCUUCCAGAGCAUCGAACUGCUGAAAUCGCGCCCUGCUCACUUGGCUGUGUUUUUACACCAUGUAGUUUCACAGUUUGACCCUGCGACAUUGCUCUGUUAUCUCUAUUCAGACCUUUAUAAACAAACCAAUUCCAAGGAGACUCGUCGAAUCUUCCUUGAGUUUCAUCAGUUCUUCCUGGAUCGAUCUGCACACUUGAAAGUUUCUGUUCCUGAUGAAAUAUCAGUAGAUCUAGAAAAAAGAAGACCUGAGCUUAUUCCUGAGGAUCUCCAUCGCCACUAUAUCCACACUAUGCAGGAACGGGUGCACCCUGAGAUUCAGAGGCACUUGGAGGAUUUCCGGCAGAAAAGGAGCAUGGGGCUGACCUUGGCUGAAAGUGAACUGACCAAACUUGACGUCGAGAGAGACAAGGACCGGGUCACCUUGGAGAAGGAGCGGGCAUGCGCAGAGCAGAUUGUGGCCAAAAUUGAAGAAGUGUUGGUGACUGCUCAGGCUAUAGAAGAAGAUAAGAGUUCAACAAUGCAGUAUGUUAUUUUCAUGUACAUGAAGCAUUUGGGAGUAAAAGUGAAAGAGCCUCGGAAUUUGGAGCAUAAGCGGGGUCGGAUUGGGUUCCUCCCGAAAAUCAAGCAAAGUAUGAAGAAAGAGAAGGAAGGCGAAGAAAAGGGGAAGCGAAGGGGAUUCUCCAGCAUCCUGGGGCCCCCACGGAGGCCCAGCCGUCCUGACAACAGUGCAAUUGGCAGAGCCAUGGAGCUGCAGAAGCCGCGUCACCCUAAGCACUCACCCCCACCCCCACCUGUGAGUCCCGAGCCCCAGGAUGCUGCUAAGUCGCGCCAGAGCGGGCCAGCAAGUGACGGAGCCGACGCUGGGUGCCUGCCUGCCGGCUCCGUGUCCUCGGUGGCUUCAGUGGCCACUCUCUCCCAGGACGGAGGGAAAGAGAAUGAUAUGGGAUCAAAGCCAGUUGCAGAAUCCCCAGCAUCUGCAGACCUUGUAGACGCCCCCCCUCGUGCUUCCAGUGCUGCCCUGGAGUUUCUGCCUCCUCCACUGGACCAGGUGCAAGAGGAGGAAUGGGAAGUAGAAAGGAUGACUGAACAUGGGACACCAAAGCCCUUUCGAAAGGUAGACAGCAUCGCUUUUGGAGAAAGUCAAAGUGAGGACGAGCAGUUUGACAAUGACUUGGAAACUGACCCACCCAGCUGGCAGCAGCUCGUUAGCCGAGAGGUGUUGCUGGGACUGAAGCCCUGUGAGAUCAAAAGGCAGGAAGUGAUUAAUGAAUUAUUUUACACUGAAAGAGCUCAUGUUCGAACACUAAAGGUUCUUGAUCAAGUGUUCUACCAGCGAGUAUGCAGAGAAGGAAUUCUGUCACCUUCAGAACUAAGGAAAAUUUUUUCAAACUUGGAGGAUAUUCUUCAACUUCACAUUGGGUUGAAUGAGCAAAUGAAGACUGUUCGAAAGAGGAAUGAGACCUCUGUUAUUGAUCAAAUUGGGGAAGAUUUGCUGACCUGGUUCAGUGGGCCCGGGGAGGAGAAGCUGAAGCACGCUGCCGCCACCUUCUGCAGCAACCAGCCCUUUGCCUUGGAAAUGAUCAAAUCUCGUCAGAAAAAGGACUCUCGGUUCCAGACGUUUGUGCAGGACGCUGAGAGUAACCCACUGUGCCGGCGCCUGCAGCUGAAGGACAUCAUUCCCACCCAGAUGCAGAGGCUCACCAAGUACCCUCUCCUCUUGGACAACAUUGCCAAGUACACAGAGUGGCCAACAGAAAGGGAGAAGGUGAAGAAAGCAGCUGAUCACUGUCGUCAGAUCUUAAAUUAUGUAAAUCAGGCUGUCAAGGAAGCAGAAAACAAGCAGCAUUUAGAGGAUUAUCAGCGCCGCCUUGACACCUCCAACCUGAAGCUGUCCGAGUACCCAGACGUGGAAGAGCUCAGGAAUUUGGAUUUAACAAAAAGGAAGAUGAUUCAUGAAGGACCAUUGGUUUGGAAGGUGAAUAGAGAUAAAACUAUUGAUCUGUAUACAUUGCUGCUGGAAGACAUCCUUGUGUUGCUACAAAAGCAGGAUGAUAGGCUGGUGUUACGGUGUCACAGUAAGAUUCUGGCAUCCACAGCUGAUAGCAAGCACACAUUUAGCCCUGUCAUUAAGCUGAAUACAGUGCUGGUUCGACAAGUGGCCACAGAUAACAAAGCUUUUUUUGUCAUCUCCAUGUCAGACAAUGGAGCCCAAAUCUAUGAGCUGGUGGCACAGACAGUUUCGGAAAAGACUGUCUGGCAGGACCUAAUCUGUCGGAUGGCCGCGUCGGUGAAGGAGCCGUCCACAAAGCCAAUCCCAUUACCACAGUCACCACCUUGCGAAGGAGACAAUGACGACGGUGAGCCUCCCAAAUUGAAGGCGGAGCCUCAUGGCGUUUCAGUCGCUGGCCUGCAGAGUCCAGACAGAGAUUUGGGAUUAGAGCCUCCCUUACUAUCAUCAAAACCUCAGUCUCAUCCACUGGGCACUUCUGGGAAAGCAGAGGCAGACGAGUUCUCUGUGGCUGAGAGGCGGUUUGCACAGGCGCAGCACGCAGAGCGAGCUGUCAAGGAAGCAGGAGUCAAUGACCAAAUCACAACCCCAGACCCAUACGUGCCUGUCUCGGAAGAGCGGUGGGCGUUGGACGCACUGAGGAACUUGGGCUUGUUGAAGCAGCUGCUGGCACAGAAGCUGAGUCUGGCUGAGAAGAGCACUCAGGAAGAUUGGCCACAUUUUUCAAGAUGCAGGACGGCCUUCCCAGGGGUGCAGGCAGACAGUGGAACCCAGAACUUUGAAAUUAUGAAGUCCUGUCCUGGUCAAAGACAGAUGCCCUUGAGAGCUGGAGCAGGUGGCCUUUCAACGUGCAGCAGUCCACGGGCCUCAGCGGACUCUCCUGCUCCACGGGACCCCGUGGUCCCGGCAUUGCAGGAGGGCCAGGCAGGUAGUGUUGCGGUGACGGGCCGCACACCUGUUCCCCUGGAGGCUCCUCCUGCAGAGCCGGAAGGCGGUCUUGAUGAGAGUGGGGAGCACUUUUUUGAUGCCCAUGAAGUACACAAUGAUGAUAAUCCAUCGGAGGGUGAGGGAGCAGUUAAACAGGAAGAGAAGGACGUUAACGUACACAUCUCAGGAAACUAUUUGAUCCUCGAUGGCUAUGAAGCCGUGCAGGAGAGCUCCACCGAUGAGGAGGGCGCUGCCUGGCUCCCCCCGCAGCCCAGGACGGGCCUCCCCGCCGUGGACCCUGCCCAGCAGCAGCGGCCCUCUUCCCAGAAGGCUCUUUCCGACGGGGCCGUGUCACCAUUCACCCCAGAGCCCUUGGCCCCGCAGCGCUGGGGAGCCCUGGAGGGGGCCUGCUUUGAGAUCCAGAGUCCCUCCGCGUGCACAGACUCCCAGAGCCAGGUCCUGGAGUGCAUCCGCAAGAUCGAGUCUGCCCUUGAGCAUUUAAAGAAGGUGGAGGAAAGUUAUACCAUUCUUUGCCAAAGGCUGGCUGGGUCAGCCCUCACAGACAAACACUCAGAUAAAAGCUAGAGCUGCACGUCCUGGAGGUGGUUGGAGUUUGAGCAUCGGCACAUCCUGGCCCCGGUGUGGAGGGAGAGAGAGUGACAGAGGGUCUGCCUGGGAAGCUUCGGCACUGGCCUGUUCAAGCCCAGAGCAGGACUGUCCUUCCCAGUUGGCAGCUGCCCUGCUGUCCGCGAGGGAACCUCCGCUCCGCACUCUGCACGCCUCACGACCAGAAACUCAUUUUGAUUCAGAACAAAAACCAAAUGCAGAGAGCUCUGGGUGUCGGGUAUGAAAUUUUAUUUAGACCUAAGAAAAUGAGAAAAUCAGAUGUAUUUAUUUGACUUCAUUCCACAUUUGAAAGCACAUUUUAAUUUCUAUCUUGCUGUGUUUUAAUUAUGUAGUGAGACUUUUGUCCCUUUAUAUUUAGUUCACCAAAGACCAGUGGCUCCUGAAGCAGAGAGCUCAGGAGGGGUGGCAGGAGGUUGGGUGGAAAGAGAGCAGCCGGGGGAGGAGCACCCAGCCUUCCACUGUGUCUAGCCUCUGCUGCCCAGUGGCUGCUCCCACCUAACCUCAAGGCAGAGCCGGGCCUGUGCUCCUGUGCUCCCCAGGGGGGCAGAGCGCAGGGCCCCCUCCCCUCCGAGGCCAGCACUGCGCUCCCGCUGGGAUAACUGAACCAGAGCCUCCUGUGCUACAAGCAGCCACUGGGAAUGGGUGUGUUUUCUUCUGUGGUUUUCUUUUCCAUUGAGGGUUGGGAUUUGGGCGGGAAAGGAAAGCAAAUUUUAUUUUCUUGACUAUAAAUUUGUUUUUCUUAAUAUUGCUUCAUCUUUAUAAUUAUACAUUGGACUACAGCACGUGUGUACAGUUGUUCCUGCAGAUGAGCAGGAAGUAAAAGCAAAAACAAGUGGAGGUGCCUCAGAUGGCAGGGGUGGGGUUCCGAGGAGGGCGGGAUGGCAGCAGCCGAAGGAGUUUGGGAAGGUCUGCAACUGAGUCACUCCUGAGUUGAAGUGGCUGCCACUCGGCACAGGUACUGCUGCUCCUGUGGUCAGUAACAUUUUCGUACCUGGAGGUUUGACUCUGAUGUUUGCACGGAUGGUGCCAAAGGGCUCAAGUAAAAAGGAGAGCCAAGAGUGAGUGGAGAAAGGGUGGAGAAGGCAGAGCUGCCUGGACCAGCUCCCUGCUGGCGCUUCUCCCUGCUGGUGCCUGCCUGCCUGCCUCACAGACGCACUGGACCUGCCGGCGAGUGGGGGAACGCCUGCCCCAGGAUGGCCAGCCGUGUUGGCAGCACCCCACAGAGGACAGAGGUCAGAGUAGUGGCUCGAGAGCACCUUCAGUUAUAUUGUUUUCUGUGAUUUUCUUUGUGCAUCAGGUAUAUAUGUUUUGGAGUAGUUUUGCCAACUAAAAGGAAAUCGUUUGUCAAAUCUUAAAAUUGUGUUAAUAUGCAAGGAGUUCACCCACUGCUCUCGUCCUUCAGCAGUGCCCUCUGACACUGGAGGGUCCGGCUGUGAUCUUCUUCCCUGCUGUCUAGUUACACACACACACUCACACACAUACUCAUCACACACACACUCAUUGCACACACUCACACACACUCAAACACACACACACUCUCUCACACACACACUCAAACACACACACACACACACACACACACACACACACACAAACUCAUCAUGCACAGGAGGUUUCCCAGCUACUGUCAUAAACAGCAUGACAGCUUACAGCACGUUCAUCGAUGUCCAGGUUCCUGUGUCUGCCUUUUCAAAACUGACCUCUGUUUUUAGUAAACUGAACAGCUUGUAUUGCUGUACCCUCGUUUAUAAAUUAUAAUUAUAUUUUGGGUCGUAGACCAAGUAUAAAUUAAAUUAGAGUGGGAUUUAAAUUUUAGGAGCAGAAGCUAAUAUAUAAGUGGAACUUGAACCUUCUGAUCUCUUAAAAGAAGCAGGUAGCAACUAGAUGGUCACAUGGUGCUGCUGGGAAUAAUGCGCUCACUCAGCUAGGGGUUCCCCUCUGGCCGUGGCCCUCAGACCAUCAGUGGGCAGGGCAUCCGGAGAAAGGCACUGAGAGAGCUCGCAUCCCACCUGCAGGCCUGCGGGACCUGCAGCGUCCCUGGCGCUCACCGGAGGCGCUGGCUAGGUCAGCAGAUUAGCAGCAUCGUGGUUUCUCCUCUAGCUCAGCCAAUACCUUGUCCUUGGCAACUGUUUGCUUUUCUUUUCCGGCAGUUUAACCUCUCCUUGGAACAGUAACAGGGCUGACUGGGACAAUACUGUGACCACAGCUCUAGUACUGCCAGAUCCAUGUGUGUCUAGAUUGUCAAACACAGCCCCAAAC